AUGACUGAGUUUGACGAUUGCAGCCACAGCGCAUCCAAUAUGUAUCUGCCAGGGUGUGCUUAUUACGUUUCACCAUCAGAUUUCUCGACGAAACCCUCUUUUUUGUCGCAAUCGUCUUCCUGUCAAAUGACUUUUCCUUAUUCUUCUAAUUUACCUCAUGUCCAACCUGUGCGCGAAGUAGCAUUCAGGGAAUACGGAUUAGAGCGCAGCAAAUGGCAGUACAGGGGCAGUUAUGCUCCGUACUACUCAGCUGAAGAGGUGAUGCACAGAGACUUUCUGCAGCCUGCGAACCGGAGGACGGAAAUGUUAUUCAAAACGGACCCCGUGUGCAGCCACCACGGACCGUCUCCGGCCGCCUCCAACUUGUACAGCGCGGUGGGCAGGAACGGGAUCCUGCCGCAAGGCUUCGACCAGUUUUACGAGGCGGCCCCCGGCCCCCCGCACCCGCCGCUCUCCGAGGGCGACGGCGAGGGCGAGGGCGACGGCGGCAAGGGCGACGGCAAGCCCCACCACGGCACUUGCAGUAAAACACCUUCCAGCCAGGACAAGAAAGUGACAACAGCGAACAGCGCCGGGUCCCCUUCGGGGGAGGCUGUUGCAGAGAAGAGCAACAGUUCAGCAGUUCCUCAGCGAUCCAGGAAAAAGAGGUGUCCCUAUACCAAAUAUCAGAUAAGAGAACUGGAACGUGAGUUUUUCUUCAAUGUGUACAUAAACAAAGAGAAAAGACUGCAGUUGUCCAGAAUGCUCAACCUCACUGACCGACAAGUUAAAAUCUGGUUCCAGAAUCGAAGGAUGAAAGAAAAGAAACUGAACAGAGAUCGACUCCAAUAUUUCACUGGAAAUCCCUUGUUUUGA